UAUCCGAUGAUCUGCCGACGACGCAACGAAAUUCGGUUCAUACCGUUAUUUGCACUCAUGUUACUGCUAGGCUGAAGUCAAUUCUAUUAAGCCUGCCGAACGAGAACUCGUGGUGGAUGUGAGGAUGUCCUCAACACAUACCAGCCUAGACGCUGCAGCGGUCGACCGUAAGACCCGUCUUGCGGAACUUGCCUCUCUCAAGCGCAAACAGCCCGGCUCCGAUGUGACUGCGCCAAAUGUACAAGAGGAAGAACAGCAAACUGAAGAGGCAACCUCUACAAAUAAAUAUCUGUCGGGACGAAACUAUGACACCGCAAACAAGAACGCGAAACUCGGCUUUGAAAGUGUCCCCAUCGCCGAUGCUGAGACUUUGGAACAACAGGCUGAACGUAUUGCGGCAGAAGCCGCUGAACAAGCAGCCAAGGACGAGGCAGAGGCAGAGAAAGGGAUCGACUUAUUCAAGUUGCAGCCCAAGAAGCCGAACUGGGACUUGAAGAGAGACCUGGCGGAGAAGAUGAAGAUACUAGACGUCCGGACUCAGAACGCCAUCGCUAGACUAGUGAGAGAGCGAAUAGAGAACGCAAAGAAGGACGCAGUCAAUUCAGGCAAGGCACCUCAAGCGAGUCAAAAUGGUGAUCAAGGGGAAGAGGUCGGCAUGGAGGGCAGUACACUGGUCGAAGGUAUUCAUCUUCGGGAGCAAGAGGAGGAGAGAGAAGCUCAACUGGAAGAGGAAGAGGCCGACAUCUCAUGAGACGACUUGCAUGUGAGAACUUAUCUCGACCCAAAGCAGUUCAAAUGCAUGCCAUGUACCCCAAUUUCGACUGUCACGCUUGUUGCCACGAUCAGUGAGCAUCGUGAAAUGCAUUUGCUACCGAGGGGAAAAUCUCAUUGAUGAAGUACGGGCCUGUGGCAUGCAGCACCUGUCUUCACCAAGGCGAGCGUCGCAACUGCUACCGAUCUGAAAGGACUCGAUCCGAUCUAGGCUGCUAUGUCUUCCUCGUCCUGCAAUGUGAGAAGCAUGGCUGCAGAAAAUCAGUCGCACAGUCUCCUCACAUUCAGAGAACGGCUCUGGAAGCAAAAGAGCGUCGACAAGUCUUGCAGC